UGCCCGGAAGCCCUGAGAGGGAAACGCCUGCAAAGGCUGCCGGGAAGCGUGGUUUCUAAGUGGGAGCGUCUCUUCACUUGGAGCAAUUGCGCGUGCGCUGCCUCCGUCAGCCCAAGUCGGGAACAUGGCCGUGCGGUCGCUGUGGGCGGUCCGGCGGCGGGGGCAGCGCCUCCUGGCCUGGAGCACAGCGUGGGAGAGCAGGGGCUGGCUACUUCCAUUUAGCACCGCCACCCAGAGAACGGCUGGUGAGGACUGCAGUUCCGAGGACCCUCCUGAUGAGCUUGGGCCCUCUCUUGCCGAACGAGCCUUAAGGAUAAAAGCUGUUAAACUGGAGAAGGAAGUCCAAGAUUUAACAGUGAGAUACCAGAGAGCUGUAGCUGACUGUGAAAACAUAAAGAGGCGAACCCAGAGAUGUGUGGAAGACGCCAAGAUAUUUGGAAUCCAGAGUUUCUGUAAGGACUUGGUGGAGGUGGCAGACAUCUUGGAGAAGACUACGGAGUGCAUUUCUGAAGAAUCAGAGCUUGGGGACCAGAAGCUCACUUUGGAGAAGGUCUUCCGAGGGUUGUCACUUUUAGAAGCAAAGCUGAAAAGUGUGUUUGCCAAGCAUGGCCUGGAGAAGCUAACACCCAUUGGUGACAAAUACGACCCUCAUCAGCAUGAACUCAUCUGUCAUGUGCCAGCUGGUGUUGGGGUGCAGCCUGGCACAGUGGCAUUAGUAAGGCAAGACGGCUAUAAACUUCACGGCCGUACCAUUAGACUUGCCCAGGUAGAAGUGGCAGUGGAGUCUCAGAGAAGACUUUGAACAGGCCAUCAUCAGGAGCUGAAUGUUCUCCCAGAGCGCAGUCACCUGUGUGUCUUUUAUUUAUUAAGCUAGGUUUGUAUUGUA